UUUGGCGAAGUACCACCGCCGGGUGGACCGUCAGCACGACGAUCGGGCCGAGCGGGAGGCGGAGAUGCUGCAGACGCUCCACUUCUUGAGCGUCCCGGAGUUAGAGCUCCAGGCACUGCGGAAAGAGCUGGCCCUCGCGGCAGAGUUGCCACCCAAUCCGACUGGGUUGCUGCUCGUGGGAGGCACCGCUCAGAUCUGCCAGCGAAUUCUGGUGCCAAAGAACUCCCGGCGGCGGCCUGUGCCCAGAGAUGAGCAGGAUGAGCAGGAGGCCCUCAAGAAGGCCCUGGCGGCCCUGCAAAAGGAGGGCCGCUCGGCAGCAGACAUGGCGGCACACACGGAGGUCCGGCGCAUCGCAAAG